CUGACACCCCUGGUUGUGCUGAUUUGACAUUGUGCCAACCAUUCUUAUUUCUUUGGUCAUCACAUCUUUUGUACCUUUCCUUCAUUAGGAUCGGCUGUGUUGACACGACCAUUCAAUCGCAGAAUGAUACCUACGCGUGCUCUUUAUCACCAUGCUGCUCGAAUCACGCUCUUCUCGCGCGCCAGCUGUAGCCUCUGCGCCGACGCCAAACAAGUGCUCUCGCGAGUCUGGGACCGACAACCGUUCGAGUAUCAAGAGAUCGAUGUUAUGAAAGACAGGAAGUGGGCGGUGUAUGAAUUUGAUGUUCCAGUCAUCCAUGUCGAAAGCAAUCAGAACGGUUCCAAGGAGACGAGUAUGGCUGCGCCAAAAUUGAUGCAUAGAUUCUCUCCAGAACAAGUGGAAGACUUGUUGAAAAAGCUUGGGAAGUGACGAUAGAGCCGGGAAAAGGAUUCUAUAUUCCUUGUGCUGGUUCUGGGCCAGCACACCAUUCCUUUUGCCUAAUGUUCUAUUUUAAUAUUUAUUUAUAAAUACACUCUUUAUACGGCCAUAUGGUUAAAAAUGGUAUCGCAAUUACCAAUAAGAGCCAUGCGGUUAGAGAGAUGUUGUUAAAGUAGUUACGGGGACGUCAAUAAAUAUCCUUAAUGUCCGUCA